AUGGCGGAGGGACCUAGGCCCUUACCGCAGACCUCCCGAAGGGUAUAUGGCGUGGAGGGCCGUGAGCCAAGGCUACCUACUCUACAGUACGUCGUCUCUUUACAUCGUCCUCCAAAUCAUGCCUUGUGGCCACUACGCGUUCUAUUUGUCCCCGGCUCCCGCUGGUGCCCCAGUUUCAUUCUUUUCUAA